AUGCGUGGAAUUCAGAAAAACUGGUUUGUUGGAGCUGGCAGCCAGGAUGCAGCCCCGCUCCCCCUUUCACGCCUUGUGGUACCCAUCCUGCUCGCAGUUGGCUGGAUAGUGGGCUGUGCACUGAUGGUUUAUAUCGUCUUCUCCUGA